CAUCUUACCAUAUAUUCUUUCAUUUCAUCGUCCAUAAUCUCUCUCCAACAUCCCUAACCAUGGCCAUCACACCACCAUUCUCAAGCUCCUUGCAUGUGUUCCUCUUAUGGAUCUUGCUUCUUUCUUCAGGACAUAUAUUAUCAGACUGUGCAAGGGUUUUCACCAUCAUAAACGACUGCGACGAGACAAUCUGGCCAGCGAUCACACCUGGUGACAGCUUUGGCGGUGGAGGAUACGCCUUACGAGCCAAAGAAUCGAAGGUGCACACCGCACCAGUCGGUUGGUCAGGCCGGAUAUGGGGUCGAACCAAGUGCAACUUCGACAGCAACGGUAACGGUACAUGCCUAACCGGCAGAUGCGGCUCGUCCCUUCAGUGUUCAGCCUCCGGCGCUACCCCAUCAACCCUAGCCGAGUUUACUCUCACAACACAGGAUUGGUACGAUGUUAGUCUUGUUGAUGGCUUUAACUUACCGAUGUCGGUUAGACCGGUUAACGGUAAGGGAAACUGUAGCAUUGCGGGUUGCGUCGGUGACUUACGACAGAAUUGUCCGCCGGAACUUUCGAUUAAGGCUGGUGGUAAGGUGGUGGCUUGUCGGAGUGCUUGUGAUGUGUUCAAUACCGAUGAGUAUUGUUGUCGGGGUGUUUAUGGGAAUCCUGUAACGUGCCAACCAACGUAUUACUCGAAGAAGUUUAAGUCUGCAUGCCCCACCUCGUAUAGUUAUGCUUAUGAUGAUCCAACAAGUAUUUUUACUUGUUCAGGGGCUGAUUACACUAUCACCUUUUGUGCAUCCAAGAACCGUCCUCAAUGCUCAUAUCACAACAAUAAGUUGGGUUGCAGCGGAUCUACUAUAGGGUUCUCGAAGAAUUCGGUGCUGGCUUUAAUGCUUCUCUUUUUGCCGUUGUUGUAAAUAAGUCAAGUGCACUUGCUCUAUUCUCGUGAAAGCAACUUUUGCGAUUGCUUUUUAUAUCUUGUUUUAUCUACAUUUUUAAGUUAAUAUAUUUGUUGACUAUCUAUAUAUAAAGAAACUGUGUAAAGCAUGUUCUAUAA